CUCCUCCACCUCUCCUCCGUCAGGCGGUUCCGUCUUUGUCAGGAUUCCUGAUGAAAAACUGCAACAACUUCUGCAGUUUUUUUUUUUUUUUUGGGAGUAACUCUAUCCGGCGUUUGUCCUCAGUGACCCUCAGUCUGUUGCAGUCCCUUGUUGCUUUAUCCCCGCCUCCUCCACCUUCCUCACCCCACCCAUCUCUCUCUGCCUUGGCUGAGACUGGCUGGCUGGCACCAUUAUCAAUUCCUUCUGUCAGCACGACUGCAAAGGAACCGCUUACGUCAUAGUCGUUACAGGCUCUAUAAAAGCCGGAGUAAUGCAGAUUCACAGUGCAGUCAGCAGUCGAGCCGCCUGUCUCUCACCAUGACUUCCAUCGGCUACGACCCGUUCUUCCCUUCCUCUUACCAGAGGCGAGUGGUGGUGCGUGGUGCAGGAUAUGGAGCAGGUGGAGGAGGAAUAGGAUCCAGGUCCGCCUACAUCAGCCACGCCGCCCCGAUGACUUCCUACGCAUCUUCACGCAGAAGUUAUCCGACGCACACCCGAGCCAUCUCCAGCUACUCCACCUUUUCUUCUGCUCCGGGGUCUGCAGCUGCAACCGAGCUCCGCCUGGACCAAGCAGCCCAGGUCAGCUCCGAGUUCAAAGUGAUCAGGACCCAGGAGAAGGCCGAGCUCCAGGACCUGAACGACCGCUUCGCCAGCUUCAUCGAGAGGGUCCAUGAGCUGGAGCAGCAGAACAAGCUCCUGGAGACCGAGCUCCUGCUGCUCAGGCAGAGGCAGGUGGAGCCGUCCAACAUCCGGGCCCUGUACGAGCACGAGAUCCGCAAGCUCCGUGCCGCCGUGGAAGAGGCCCGCCAUGAGAAGCAGGCGGCCCAGCACCACAGGGACGAGAUGGAGGACGUGCUGAGGAACAUGCAGAAGCGCUACGAGGACGAAGUGCUGGGCAGAGAGGAGGCGGAGGGCAGGCUGAUGGAUGCCAGGAAGGGGGCGGAUGAGGCUGCGCUGGCCCGGGCCGAGCUGGAGAAGAGAGUCUCCACCCUGCUGGACGAGCUGGCCUUCCUGAAGCGCCUCUGCGAGAGCGAGAUCGCAGAGCUGCAGGCCCAGAUACAGUACAGCGCUGACGUGUCUGUGGAGAUGGAGGUCGCCAAACCCGACCUGUCCGCCGCCCUCCGCGACAUCCGAGCCCAGUACGAGAAGCUGGCCCAACAGAACCUCCAGUCAGCCGAGGAAUGGUUCUGCAGCAAGAUGAACGUGAUGACGGUGGGCAGCGCUCGCGGCACAGAGAGUGCACGCAACGCCAAAGAUGAAGCCAGCGAGUACCGCCGGCUCCUCAAGUCCAAGACGCUGGAGAUCGACGCCUGCCGCGAGAUGAACCAAGCUCUGGAGAACCAACUGCAGGACGUGGAGGAGAAGCAGAGCGCUGAGAUCUCUGCACUGCAGGACACGAUCGCUCAGCUGGAGGACGAGCUGAGGGCCAACAAGAACGACAUGGCUCGGUACCUGAAGGAUUAUCAGGACCUCCUGAACGUGAAGAUGGCCCUGGACAUCGAGAUCGCCGCCUACAGGAAGCUCCUCGAAGGCGAGGAAAACCGUCUGAGCGUGGCGGCGGUGCCGGCAUCCACCAUGUUCGCCUCUCCGUACUACGGAAGAACUCAGUUCUCCAUGCAGACCCAGCUGAGCUCUGCAGCUCCGUACAUGCUGAGCUCUCGAUUCUACACCUCACCGCUCGCCACGGAGGAGACAAUAACCGCAAACCGAGCACAGGAGGCGGAGGCCAGCCCUCCACAAGAAGAAGAGGAGGAGGAGGAGGUGGAGGAGCAGGUUGAAGAGGAAGAGAAGGAGGGAGAAGAGGAGGAGGAGGAGGUAGAGGAGAAAGAAGCCGAGGAAGAGGAGGAGAAAGAAGAAGAGGAAGCAGCUGAAGAAGAAGAGGGUGAGGCCGAGGAGGGAGAAGAGGAGAAGGAAGAGGAGGCAGAGGAGGGAGGAGAGGAGACCCCAGCUCAAGAAGAAGGAGAGGAGGAGGGGGAAGGAGGAGAGGAGACCCCAGCUGAAGAAGGAGAGGAGGAGGUGGAGGACGCUGAGAAGAAAGAGGAAGAGGGCGCCGAGGAAGGAGAGAAAAAAGAAGACGACGAUGCUGAGGAGAAGGAGGUGGAGGAGGUGGAGGAGAAAGACGCAGAUAAAAAGGAGUAAACCUGAAUGCUUGCUAGCCGAGGGUGGUGCUGUCUGCGUACGGCGUGCAGCAUGUACGCUCCUCCACCAGCGACGAUAUUAACAAUUAAUAAAAAGCUAAUCGAUAAAUUGAUGAACGACAGGAGGUGAUGAACACCUGUGUGCUUCGCUGAAUACUGCCUGUGUCUGAAAUGCCUUAUUCCUCACUGAGUGCUUUAACUUCAUCAUGUGCUGCAAACUUGAAUAAAGCCUUGAAGCCUUGUCAAACUCCA